ACUGUAUUCCUCACAAGCCGGGUUCGGCCAUUUUCUAUACAAGACUGAAAGUAACACCAGUCCUGACCUGUAUUGUUCAUCCCAAAAAUAAACCCACAUCAGAUAUACCGAAAACAAGUUUUGUUAACACCCCCUCUGGGAUCCUAGAAUGGAAGACGAGAGCCACCCAAAAACCCUCUACGUGGGGAAUCUUUCAAGAGAUGUAACAGAGAACUUAAUUCUUCAGUUAUUCACUCAGAUCGGGCCAUGUAAAAGCUGUAAGAUGAUUACAGAGCAAUCCGAUAGCAGCAGGAAGGUGAACUCUUCUAUUGGAUUUUCUGUUUUGCAGCAAACAAGCAAUGAUCCAUAUUGCUUUGUGGAAUUCUUUGAGCACAGAGAUGCUGCAGCAGCUUUAGCCGCCAUGAACGGACGGAAGAUUUUGGGAAAGGAGGUCAAGGUUAAUUGGGCAACCACUCCUAGCAGUCAGAAGAAAGACACAUCCAAUCACUUUCACGUUUUUGUGGGAGAUCUGAGCCCAGAGAUCACGACAGAUGACAUCAGAGCUGCAUUCGCACCCUUUGGGAAAAUCUCGGAUGCACGAGUGGUGAAGGAUAUGACAACAGGGAAAUCAAAGGGGUAUGGAUUUGUGUCCUUCUAUAACAAACUGGAUGCUGAGAAUGCCAUUGUACACAUGGGGGGUCAGUGGCUUGGUGGACGACAAAUCCGGACUAACUGGGCAACACGGAAACCACCUGCUCCCAAAAGUGUGCAAGACAACAACUCCAAGCAGCUCAGAUUUGAUGAGGUGGUGAACCAGUCGAGUCCUCAGAACUGCACUGUGUACUGUGGGGGGAUUCAGAUGGGUCUUUCGGAACACCUCAUGCGACAGACGUUUUCUCCUUUUGGACAGAUCAUGGAGAUUAGAGUUUUCCCAGAGAAGGGAUAUUCUUUUAUCAGGUUCUCCUCUCAUGAAAGUGCCGCCCAUGCUAUUGUGUCAGUGAAUGGGACUACCAUUGAGGGUCAUGUUGUGAAGUGCUAUUGGGGCAAAGAGGCACCUGACAUGGCCAAAACUGUCCAACCGAUGGAAUAUGGACAGUGGGGGCACUGGAAUCAAAUGUAUGGUAACCCUCAACAAUAUGGUCAGUAUAUGACAAAUGGCUGGCAAGUACCAUCCUACUAUGGACAGACGUGGAAUCAACAAGCAUUUGGUGUAGAUCAGUCACAGUCCCCUGCCUGGAUGGGUGGAUUUGGGACACAACCUUCUCAGGCUCAACCUGGCCCAGUGAUGAACCAGGCUAAUUUUGGCAUGGCUGGUUACCAGACACAGUGAUGUGCCCUUCAUUCUCUUGUUUAUCUACCCUACCUAUGAGAGCAGGUUGUAAAGACUUACAGGAGCACAUUGUCUUUUUCCCGACAAGCAUUGGAUCUAAAGCAGGAUUCACUUUAAUGUAAAGACACUUUAAAUUAAUGAGAAAAAUGGGAUGACCACCUUCGAUGAAAAUGUAAUUUCAUUGACAAGUUUUUCCUGUUCUAAUGGAAUUGGAAGAGAUAUAUUGCAUCCCAUCCAUUUUUACUGCAUAUCUUGAAGAAAACUGCAGAUUUUCCCCAUAAUCUGAGAUUCACAAACUUCACAUCUACAUUGCAAGAAUCCCAUGGUGUAAAUGAUCUAAAUAUAUUGUUUUGUUUCUUUUUGAACAAAGUCAUCUCUUUAAUUUCCCCUUCCUGAAUAGAUCUUGCGUUUGCCUGUUCAUAACAGUAAGGACUUAAAAUUUUGUACAAAUAAACAGAACGAAUACCUUAACAUUCUGAGUUGGCAAACACAUGUAAGUAAAGGCACUUUUUGGGGGUUCACUGGACCUGUGUCUUGUACAUGUUGAUGUGUAAAUGAAUUUCUAUGUACCGUGGUGUAUAUUUAAUCCACAUUAGCGAGCCAUUCUCCUCAAAAUUCUAGAGCUCUUUGAUACUGUGUGUAUAUGUAUCUUUUUACUCCAAUUUACAGACACAGUUCCCCAUGUAGAAAGGGUCAAGAUGGCCAAACCUGUAAAUAUCUUUUGAUAAUUUGGCCUAUAAUAAGGGUUUCAAGCAUGCUUUCUACUUGAAAGAAUGUUGCAGAAGGAAUGCAGCAUAUGUUGGACAAAAGUUUGAUGUGUGGCUGACGUGCCGAACAGAUUCAGUGAACUUACAAGCAAGCCUUAAUUGUUGCUCGAUCACACACAAAUUUCAGUUCAACACUCAGAAACCCUAUAGAGAGGUGCAUCAUCGAUUUAAGAGCCUACUGUAAAUUUUGUCCCUUUGCUGUUUUAAUAUGGGUGCCAUUUUAGAGUAGCCAGAGAAAAGUUUUUUUUGUUUUCUGGGGACAGUAAGGAAUUGCAUGUUUUAAACCAUAAUAUUGAGGUUGCUCAAAGUAUUGAAUGUAAAAGGCUGAAAUGUUUGAAUACAACUUAGCAACAGUUUUCUUUUUAGUCUAUAUGAGUCUCAAUAAAUGAACCAUUGAACAAGAAA